AUGGGGGAGAGCUACGUGUACCAGCGACUCCCCUUCGGCAGAGGAGAGGAGGAGGGGGAGGAGGAGGACGAAGAGGAGAGGAGGAUCCAGGAACGUGUCGGGGGGCAAAUGAUGCAGAGCGACGAGGGCACCGAGUGGCUGCUGGAGCUGCUGACAGACGUGCAGCUGCAGCAGUACUUCCUGCGGAUCCGCGAUGAGCUCAACGUCACUCGACUUUCACACUUCGACUACGUGAAGAGCGAAGACCUGGAGAAGAUCGGCAUGGGGCGCCCAGGUCAAAGGAGGCUGUGGGAGGCGGUCAAGAGGAGAAGAGCUCUUUAUAAACGAAAGUCCUGGAUGAGCAAGGUAUUUCCAGUGAAACGCUCUGACGCCGACCCCCAGCAGCCCGUCCCCCAGGGGGCGUCGUCCAGCCGGGCGCCCGCCGCCAGCGAGCCGACGGCGUCCCUCACCUGCCUGAUCAGGGAGGCGGAGCUGCAGCUGUUCGAGCGGCUCGGAGACGGCACGUUCGGCGUGGUGCGGCGAGGAGAGUGGACCGGUCCCAACGGCAGAGUGUUGUCGGUGGCGGUGAAGUGUCUGAAAGCCGGCGUGUUGGACUCUGACGGGCUGGACGACUUCAUCCGGGAGGUGAACGCCAUGCACUCGCUGAGCCACCAGAACCUGAUCCGGCUGUACGGCAUCGUCCUCACACAGCCCAUGAAGAUGGUGGCUGAGCUGGCUCCUCUGGGCUCCCUGUUGGAUCGGCUCAGGAAGCGUCAGGGUCACAUCCUCAUCUUGUCCCUCUGUAACUACGCUGUUCAGGUGGCGUGUGGCAUGGCCUACCUGGAGCAGAGGCGUUUCCUCCACAGAGACCUCGCCGCCCGCAACGUUCUUCUGUCCACCAACGACACGGUGAAGAUCGGAGACUUCGGCCUGAUGAGGGCGCUGCCGACACACACCGACCACUACAUCAUGGAGGAGGGUCACAAGGUCCCGUUCCCCUGGUGCGCCCCGGAGUCUCUGAAGUCUCGUUCUUUCUCUCAUGCGUCGGACACCUGGAUGUUUGCCGUCACUCUGUGGGAGAUGUUCACCCACGGACAGGAGCCGUGGAUCGGCCUCAACGGGAGUCAGAUCCUGCACAAGGUGGACGUGGAGGCCGAGAGGUUAAGUAAACCAGAGGACUGUCCUCUGGACGUUUACAACGUGAUGCUGCAGUGCUGGAGCCCCAAACCUGAGGACAGACCCACCUUCAUCGCACUCAGAGACUUUCUGCUCGAGACGAUGCCCACGGACAUGAGAUCCCUGCAGGACUUUGAGGACGAAGACAAGCUCCAGAUCCAGAUGAACGACGUGAUCACCAUCAUAGAGGGAAGGGCGGAGCAUUACUGGUGGCGAGGUCAGAACAGGCGGACGCUGCGUUUCGGGCAGUUCCCUCGCCACGUGGUGACGGCGGUGGCCGGGCUGUCGGCCCACGACAUCAGCCGACCGCUCAAACACUCCUUCAUCCACACGGGCCACGGAGACACGGACCCCCACAGGAGCUGGGGACACGCAGACCGCAUAGACAGUCUGUACCUGGGGAACCCCAUGGACCCCCCCGACGUCCUGGGAAUGGAGGCCGGCAUCGCCCGACCGACCAAACUCCCAAACCGGGCCAAGAAGCAACCCCCCCCUCGGCCUCCUCAGCCGGCUGUUCUGCUGAAGAAGCCGUUCUACGACUCGGUCAUGGACGAUUACGACGACGACGACGACCCCGGCUCCUCUUCGGGCCUGAAGCGGCUCGGGGCGUCUCUGGGUCUGAAGCUCCGCCCCUGGGAGGGGGGCGGGGCCCUGGUGCGCUCGGCCAGGAGCGAGGUGUCGCUCAUCGACUUCAACGACGACAGCUUCAGCUCCACCACGCCGUCGCCGCUCGGCGAGACGCAGCCGCCGGACGAGGACACGCUGAAGGACACUCCCUCCAUCCUGGACUGGCCCCUCCCUCAGCCGGCGUACGACGCGGUGGCCACGGAGCUGGAGGACCAAUCGGAGGACCAGGAGGUGAAGUCUAUCAACAAGGGUCUGAGUGAGGAGGCCACGCCCACGCCCGGCGCCGCCCUGGUGGGCCGGAGCGAGUCGCAGUCAGCUGACCUCUUCCAGGAACUCCAGAGAGAGGUGAUGGUGAAGCUGCAGGUUCCCAUGGCAACAGGCCGCUCCCUCCCCUCCUCCCCUCUCCCGAUGCCCCUGGCUCCGUUCGGCCCCCACCGACAGAUCCUCCUCCCUCCUCCCUCCCCCGCCAGCUACGCCUCCUUCUUCGAGGACCGGCCGGUGCUUCCCCCCCGCAGCCCCGUCCCCCCCCUCCGUCCCUCCAAGCACCACCCCCCCGCCCGGCCCACCCAGCCGCAGGUCCGCUCCAGCUCCAUAUCCAUGGGGGACGAGGAGGACACGCCGCCCCAGAUCCCACCGAGAGACCACGCCUUCUCUCAGCCGGGCUCCCGCUCCUCCUCCCCCCUCCCACCGGCCCCGCCCCCCUCCGCCUCGCCCAUGGCUCUCCCCCCGCCCCCCCACUUCGUCUCCCCACGCCGGACGGCAGGACUCCUGGGUCCCCUCCUGUCCUCAAGCUCCUCCUCCUCCUCCUCCUCUGCACCGUCUCAAGCCGCCUCCCAUCCCUCACGCCCCGCCUCCUCUUACUCCUCCAGUCCUCUGCUGGAUCCUCUCUCCUUCCGUGAGGGGCGUGGCCUGUCCUCGUUGAUUGACAGCUCCCCGAGCUCUGCUCCCGCCCCCCUGCCGGAGAGACCAGCUUUCCUGGAAAGAUACGGAGCAGCCAACAUGGUGGCGGUCAAACCCAUGAUGCAGCAGCAGCAGCAGCCGGGCGGAGCCAAACCCAAUUCCUCUUAUAACAACAACAACGGGCGGACCGCAGCUCCCAGCAUGCAACAGGAGCAGAGCAUCACACAGGUGCAGGCCGCGGUGCACGGGGUCACGCUGGAGGAGUGUCAGUCCGCUCUGCAGGGUCACAACUGGAGGAUCCCUCAGGCCAUCAGCCACUUGAAGGUGGAGCAGUUGUUUCGCUUGGGGCUGCGGUCGAGAGCCGAGUGUGAAGAGCUGCUGCAGCUCCGCCAGUGGAACCUGGAGCAGGCCAGCACCGUCCUGCUGGAGACAUUCGGACCCCAUCUAAACAGGUAG